UGGAGUCAUCCCCAGAUGUUCACAGAUGUUCACAGAUGUUCACAGGUGUUCACAGGUGUGGUGACUCGUGGGUCACAGAGGCGUUUGUUUCCGUCGCACUGAGCUGACGUCACGUCGCUGUCCCUGGUGUCACCAGCAGGUGGCGCGGUGAGGCAGCAGGUAGCCGCCGCCUCCUCUUCCUCUUCCUCCUACUUCUGAUGAUGAAGGUGUUCCGCAGUCCGGCUCGUCACGGCUACGCUGUGGAGGCGUCUCCGUUCGUCCCGAGCAGAUCGGCCUGCGCCGCCUCUCAGUUCUACGGACUCACUGGCUGUGGAUCGUUGUUGGUUCUGGACCAGACGGAGACGGACGUUUGUCUGGUGACCAGCUGGGAGUGGAGUGACGGGCUGUUCGACGUGGCGUGGAGUGAAACCAAUGAACACGUGUUGGUCGCCGGGGGAGGAGACGGCAGCCUGCAGCUGUGGGACACUGCCAAUCACAGUGCUCCGCUGAGGGUGGCCAAAGAACACACACAAGAGGUGUACUCUGUCGACUGGAGUCAGACCAGAGGAGAGAACCUCAUCGUUUCUGGUUCUUGGGAUCAAACUGUGAAAGUGUGGGAUCCUGCUCUCAGCCGCUCGCUGGCCACACUCAGGGGUCACGAAGGGGUCAUCUACAGCACCAUCUGGUCGCCUCACAUCCCAGGAUGCUUUGCUUCGGCCUCAGGUGACGGGACGCUCCGAGUGUGGGACCUGAAGGCCGCUGCGUGUCGAUUGGCCAUCCCGGCUCACAGCGCCGAGAUCCUCAGCUGCGAUUGGUGCAAAUAUGACCAGAACAUCGUGGCCACAGGCUCCGUUGACUGCAGCGUGUGUGUGUGGGACCUGAGGAACGUCCGGCAGCCUGUCACUCAACUACGAGGACACACCUACGCCAUCCGCAGAGUCAAGUUUUCUCCGUUCAGUCGGUCGGUGUUGGCAUCCUGCUCGUACGACUUCACCGUCAGGUUCUGGGAUUACGGCAGGAGCCAGCCUCUCCUGGACACCGUGGAACAUCACUCAGAGUUCGUCUGUGGGUUAGACUUCAACCUGCACAUCCCCAACCAGGUGGUCGACUGUUCCUGGGACGAGACGGUGAAGAUCUACACUCCUGCCUGUCUGUCUGCGUAGAGCGCUCAUCCAAACCUUUCCCCUGAAGACAAGUCUCAACCGUCACGGAGGACCGGUCCCCACGACACCGGUUAAAAACCAACAGACAUUCGUCCUCACAGAGGGGACAAUACAAGCAGCCCCCCCCCACACACACACUCACACACGUUUAUCAUCAGCCGACUCGGGGUAAAGACUUUUUCACUUUGUUUCCCUGGUUUAAUCUCGUUCCCGAGUUUGUGGCGAGGAGAUAAAGUGUGUGUGUGUGUGUGUGUGUGUGUGUGUGUGUGUGUGUGUGUGUGUGUGUGUGUGUGUGUGUGUGUGUGUGUCUGUGUGUCUGUGUGUGUGUGUGUGUGUGUUUUCUGAUAAAGUAAGAGGAAUUAGCGGGAGUACGACAACUCUCUGUAAGAACUUGAAUUCAGUGUGAUUGAGACAACCCAGUGUCCUGAUCAAUGACAUGUACUAAUAAAGAUAAUAUAAUAAAUUAUUUAAUAUCGGUAUCUGAUCAGGCAGAGAUUGUGAGCGUCUGUUACGUUUCACACGUGACUCACUUGAUAUUUGACAGAAGAAAUGUCGACCGUGACGGUAGAUAUGGAUUUAUGGAUUUAUCUACUGUAGAUAUGGAUUUAUGGAUUUAUCUACUGUAGAUAUGGAUUUUCAAUGAGGCAGCGAGUGUCACAUGAAGACGUUGACACCGUGAGAGAAGAAAAAGAAAAGCGUCUUUCUUCAUCCAAUCACUUCAUAUUGUAUAAAAAGGCAUUUGAUUAUUUCCACCAAGGAUCAGAUACGUUAGACUCUGGAUACUUCACCUCCUUCUCCUUUUCUCUCUGUCCUCCUCCUUCUGAGUUUCCAGUCUCCUCUUGACUUCCUGACUAAUCAAGUCGCUCUCAAACUGUUUUUAUUGUCAUUUCUAUUCUUUGUCUCUGCGGACGACACGAUUUCUUAUGAUUGAUGUAUAGAUAAUAUUUAUGAAGGAUUGUGUAACGAGGAAAGAUGUUAGCACCAGGUUGGAAUCAGAUUUUUUCAGCUCCUGUGAUUGUAAAUUGUAAAAACUAUAACAUAUGAAACAUUACCAGGAUUAUUUUUGCCCUUUUGAUUUCAGUUUUUCCUUGGCAGAAACUCAUCAUGGACCAGCUUCACUAAAUCUUCAUCUUUCAAAGCGUCGACGUAAAAGUCAGAACACGUGAGCAGAUGCUGCAUUUAUCAUUUUCUUCGGUCUCCACUUCUCCGAAUGCUUUUCCAUAUUUCUUCUAAUUGUCUCAACAGUUAAUGACUGAUGACUGAUUUCCCAGUGAUGAUCAAACACAAACAGAAAUAUAAAAAUAAAAACAGCGUUCACACAGGGAGAAUGUUCCCGUCAGGAUUUCUUCUGCCACAUUCAUUUGUGAACCCGUAUGAAAAAAAUAAAUCAGAGUCCGCUGC